AAUCAUCCAUUAACCCUAAUUAAGUGUAUGGAUCCAUAUAUAUAGGGUCACAAAAUAACAAAAAGAUCCUACAAAUAAAAUAAUUGCAUAAAAGUUCUAAAAUAACAAUAUGCAAAUAAAUCCAAUCAACUAAAAUAAAAUUACAUAAAAUCAAAUCAAUCCAGCUACAACGAAAGUGACUGGACCAUCUUCCUAUGACGACCCGUAAUCUCGUGUAAGAGGCGGUUCGGUACUGGCGUCCGCAUCAAACGCCCAACUCUUCCUGCUACCUGGCCACAUGCGCAGCACUCAAUGGUGCUUUUAUCUGCUCCUAUAUAUUGCAUCGCGGGUAGCCCUCAGAGAACCACUGCCAUAAUCCCUGCAAGAAGCCCAAUCGAGAGCAUAGCAUAACAUAGUAUCCUUCCUUCAAUGGCUGCUCAACUGCCUCUUUGCAACAGCCCCACUCCAAUGGAGCCUCAAGAAAAAAAGGUGGCGGAUCCAAGACCUCCUUCAAACUACGCCGACCUCAUCUCAGCCCUCCCCUUGGAGGAAGGCUGGGCACCCGUCCGCACCCGAAAAUUCCAAGGCUUUUGGAUCCCCGAACCCGUUCUCCCCGGCAUCAUGGACAUGCAACAAAACUUCAAGGCUCGCCCCGACGACCUCUUCGUGCUGAGCUACCCCAAAUCCGGCACCACCUGGCUUAAAGCCCUCACCUACGCCAUCAUGACACGAACCCAAUACCCUUUUGACCACCACCCUCUCCUUGGCCAAAAUCCUCACGACUGCGUCCCUUUCAUGGACAGAACCUACGCCAAAGGCCAAGCCUCAGAACUAGAUGCCAUGCCAUCCCCUCGCAUCCUCAACACCCACUUGCCUUACCCUCUGCUGCCAGACUCCAUCAAGAGCUUAUGUUGUAAGGUCAUAUAUGUGUGCCGGGACCCCAAGGAUGUGUUGGUGUCGCGGUGGUACUUCAGUAAUAGGAUGAGGCUGCAAUCUAUGGAGCCAAUUCCAUUUACCAAGGCCUUCGAGAUGUUCUGCGAGGGAAGUUGCCCCUAUGGGUCGGUCUGGGAGCAUGUUCUCGAGUACUGGGAGGAGAGCCAGAGGAGGCCAGAGAAGGUGCUGUUCUUGAAGUACGAGGAGAUCUUAGAGGAUCCGCUGCGGAGUGUGCUGAGGUUGGCCGAGUUCAUGGGGUGUCCCUUCUCUCCAGAGGAAGAGAAGGAAGGGGUGGUGGAGGAGGUCAUAAAGCUGUGCAGCUUUGACAAGCUGAAGAGCUUGGAGGUCAACAAGACGGGUAAACUGCAUCCCGAUUUCCCCCUAACUAAUGAUUCCUACUUCAGGAAAGGAGAGGCGGGGGAUUGGAGAAAUCACAUGAGUCCGGAGAUGGCGCGGAAGUUGGACCGCAUCACUGAGCAAAAGCUUGAGGGGUCCGGUCUGACCCUUGGUGGUGUAGCUGUGGAAGCAUCGGCGGCCAUCAAUGGUGAUGACCAAGCUCUAUUCUAGUCGCAGUUGCGUGUGAUUUAGAGUUGAGAUUAUCUAAUAAGCUGCUGUAAUCCCGUAACCCCCACAUGUUGCUUGUCAUGGCCGUAGCGCCUGGGGCCCGGCUCUUGCUGUCAACUUUUGUUGACCCUUGAUCCGUCUGUAAGGUACAGCUGUGAAAAACUGUCUUUUAGUUCUCCCACCGCA